AUGAAGAUCAAGUCCGCCGUGAAGCUCAUGUGCGAGCACUGCUACAUGGUCCGCCGCAAGGGGCGGCUCUACGUGCGCUGCAAGAAGUCGCCGCGGCACAAGCAGCGCCAGGGCUUCGCGACGCUCGCCGCGGCGCCCGGCGGCUGGGCCGCCGCCCCCCCGGGCCCGGGCGCCUGGCCCGCGCCCUGGGCGGCGCCCGGCGCCUGGGCGUCGCCCGUCGUCGCGGCCGCCGCGCCGCGGCCGUCGCUCGCGACGCCGGGGACCUGGUGGGCGCGCGUCGUCGCUCGGCAAUAA